UGCCAGAGCUCCCCGUCAGUCCUCUCAGUGCCUCUGGAAGCAACGGGAAGGCAGCCGUGGGAUCCCGGCUGCACCGAGCCCAGCAGCUGCUUCCUUCUCCUGCACCAUGAAAAUCAUGCUGUGUGACCUCCUGCUUCUCAGCCUCCUCUCCAGUGUGUUCAGUAGCUGCCCCAGGGACUGUCUCACCUGCCGGGAGAAGCUCCGCCCAGCUCUGGAUGGCUUCAACCUGGAGGUGUGCAUUCUUGAAUGUGAAGAGAAGACCUUCCCCAGCCCUCUCUGGACUCCGUGCACCAAGAUCAUGGCCAGGGGCCCCUGGCAGCUCAGCCCUGCUGACCCAGAGCACGUGGCCGCCACUCUUUACCAGCCGAGGCCCUCGGAGAUGCAGCACCUGAAGCGAAUGCCCCGGGUCAGGAGCCUGUUCCAAGCACAGAAAGAGACAGAGCCCGGCAUGGAUGAGGCUGGGGAGGUAGAACAGAAGCAACUGCAGAAGAGAUUUGGGGGCUUCACCGGGGCCCGGAAGUCGGCCCGGAAGCUGGCCAACCAGAAGCGGUUCAGUGAGUUCAUGAGGCAGUACCUGGUCCUGAGCAUGCAGUCCAGCCAGCGCCGACGCACCCUGCACCAGAAUGGCGUCCAGGUGAUCCCCAAAACAGCAUGUGUCCAGCCCCAGACCUGCCGGCUGGGACUCAGGAUCCCCUCGUCACCCGGGCGCUGAGCAGCGCAGACCCGCGGCUUUGCCCCAGCACCUCCCCUCCCCAGGCACGUCUCGCCACAGCCCUGAGGCUCCACCAGAGUGUAUUUUUGUAACUCCUCCAGCUACAUUCGAAUGGCCCCAUCUUUCCUCCUCAGCCAGCUCUGGUCCUCCUGGGCGGGUGAGAGGAAUAGGAAAUCGAGUCCGGGGCUUCAGCUCAUCCUACCAUACCUUGUUUGUAAAGAGCUGUUCUUUUUGACUGAUUGUUGGA